CGUCCCAAGCCUCCUCUCCGUGCGCUGCGACCUGCUCCUCUCCAAGAAUAAUCCGCCCUCUUCCUCACUUAAUUGCCUCUUCCCUCAAAUAAAUCACUAUCCUCCAAGAAUUAAGUCCCCGCAGAAUUACGUGGCCCAAACUUGCGUCUCUUUUCUUGCUUUCUCAAUAGAAAAUCCGCCACAAAUUCAGUUUCCUCCUCCCAAAUAAUUGCCCUGGCCGCCGUCCAAUAUUGCCAAAAGCAAUUCUCGUUCCCCUCGGCCCGUCCAAAAAAUCCCCUGGCCCAUGUCAUUAAUCCCCAUCCAGCUGGGCUUUAAGCCCAGCAUUCGAGAAUUGUUUGCCGGUGCAACUUCUUUUUCGUGUUUUCUUCACCUGUAAUACAUCGAACUCAUGGCACUAGGCAGUAAUGGGUUUUCAACCAUUCUCGGGUUAGCGAGCCCUAAAAUAGUACCAAUUGGCUAUAACAUACCACGGAUAAUCACAUAAAGUCCAAGAAUCCGAUAUAUUAAAGCUGAAUAUCAAUUAGCAUUUUUUCCGUAUUAAUAUUUUGAACGCCAUUAUCAAUUUUUUUGUAGUGCUACACGAUAUGCCACAAUCCAAUAUCUGUAAGAACAAACUUGUUAUCGGCCCGCUACAUCCGUUGCUUGCCAUCAAAAAGAAACGCGACAGAAUUGUCAACGUAACGGAGGAGCCUGUGGAUUAGGUAGCUGGUGGAUUGAGGUUUUCGAGACAAUGUAAUGGAGUUGUCAACAUUUUCAACCUUACAUAUUAGUGAUUUGGCUUACAUUAUUAACAUUUUUACUGAUGCUAUUAUAAUUAUCAAUAAAAAAGGUGAUUUAAUGGUUGUGUUGUCAACAUUGUUAACCUCCGUGGCUCUAUUAUUAAUUAUAUUAAUGAAAUUAUUAACAGGUAACUAAAACCAUGUGCAAUAAGGGGAGCCUCUGAUUUGAGAUUUUUAGAGCAAUGUAACGGAGUUGUCAAUGUUGUCAACAAUACAUAUUAGUUUUUUUACAUAGGUUUUUAACAUUUUUCUAUGAUGUUAUUAUUAACAUUCUCAAUCAAAUUGAAACACGAUUUAUCGAUCGUGUUGUAAACAUAUAUUAUCCUACCACAUCAUUAUUAUUAAUUAGAUCAUCGAAAUUAUUAAAUAGUAACUAAAAUGAUGUCACAAUAAGAUUAGCUUCUAAUUUGAGGUUUUUAAAGCAACGUAACUGAGCUGUCAACGUUUUAAUAGUUUAUAUUAGUGUUUUUGCCUACAUUAUUAACAUAUUUAGUGACGCUAUUAUUAAUGUUCUCAAUCAAAUUGAAUCACGAUUUACUUGUGUUGUAAACAUUCAAGUGACGAUAUUAUCAACUUUUUAGCUCAUUAUUGUUAAUAAUAUACAAUAUCAUUAUUAAUACUUUCUACAUAAUUUAAAACAAAUGACGAAUUCAUUAUUAAGAAAUUCUUGUCAUUUUUCAACGUAAACAAUAAUACUAUGAACUAAAUUCGCCUCGACGCAUCUUCUCCCCUUCUGCAAAAGCUUCCGUCGGGAGGCGUGACAGCUGGAGACCGGCCAGAUGGGGUGACGACCUAAUGGGGAGAUGUCGGAUGGCGACGGGACGACGACGGAGUUAGGCAGGAUGCGGCGGGAUGGGGACAGGGGAGCUGACGGGAAAUUAACGGCAUGAUGGCGCCGUGACGACGGGAAGAUGGUGACCUGGCGACGUGUCCACGGGACGCUGACGUCGGGAUGGCAACGAGACGCAAACGUCGAGAUUGCUGACGAAGCUAGGUUGUCGGGGAACGAGACGACGGUUGUUGCUGAGUCUCUGAAUGGUGUUCGAAACGAGCUUCGCGCCGAGUGGAUGCCGACGGCGAGAAGGUUUAGGGUUAGAGAGGACAAUCGUCUUCUGAUAAUGGAUUCGGCCGCCUCUUAAUAACCAUGAGUUUAAUUUUCAUUUUUCAUUUAAUUAUUAUCAUUAAUAUUUACUAUAUUCCUUUAUUGUUCUUCUAGGUAGUUAGUCAAUGAUUAGUAAUGUUUUUAUCUCUCCUCUUCCUAUUGGUUGGAAUAGGUUUAAGAUCUUCCUUAAGGAAUGGGGCUUAAGGACCUGAUCCAACCCGUGGAGAGCCCUAAUUACUAUGUAAUUGACCAUGAGACCAAAUCACUCUUGUUUGGUAAUCUUACACAUGAUCCAUAUCUCAUCUUGCUUAAUCAUAAUUCGUUACUUGCACAUGAACUUGACCUGGCCAUAAUUGGCUCAACAUAGGUAAAUCAGGAGUCGUAUAAUUGCACUUCCUCGAGAUAAACCCUCGUGCAAGUCAUCCUCCUUAAACAUCAUAAUAUCACCCUGGGAAGUUUAUUUCCCCCACUUGUGAAUCCAAAUACAACCACAAUAUCACAUCAUGUCAAAACAUCUGAUCGAACAACCAUGAAGUCAUAUCAACGGUUAGGCCACAAAUGGCAACAUGUAUGCAAUCAUCAACAUAAACAAGGUCCAUAUCGGAUAGGGCAAGUCAAUAAUAUUAUACAACAAUCCAUGGUUCAUCAUAUAGCAUAAAAGUCCAUACACCCCUAAUCAUGCCAUUCUAAUUCGCCUAGGUCCAUUCUAAGUAUCAAUAUAAUUAUCGUGAUACGACAAACCCGGUAUGCCGUGCUAAUCCCUCACCAGUUCUGGUCGUUCAAACACCAGUUCUAGCCUCCCGUACUAAAACGUCAAUUUCACGAACGAACCCCGAAUUAAAAUCCGAGACCUUCCUAAUAUCCCCUGCAGUAUCCCCGUCAAUAUUAGUUCUGGGCUCCGGAUCAAAUUCUCGAUAAAAACACAUCAAACCUUGGCCGGGGCUAAAUUCAGUGAUUUGGACCCCGACCUAAAUAAUUGCCAAAAUUCAGGGAUUAGAACUAGAGGAUUGAUUACCUCACUGAAAGAAACUCGUAUAUGAAAUUUGGGCUCAAUCUGGCUUCCGGAUACCCCGAAACCCUAAUUUGGCUUAUCGGGAAUUCAAGAAAUUCCUGAACCAAAAACUCGUUUUAAAGCUUUAAAUCGAUAAAUCACAAUGUAUAGAUGAAUUAGGCAUUACUUACGAGAUUUUUGGAUCACUGUAGCUCAAGAAUUGAGCUUUGGAAUUUUCUUCCUCGCGUCCCCUGAACGGCCUCUGCUCUCGGUCCAGAAAAUGGAAAGAUGACGACGAUGGGAAAUAAAAGAUGGCUGGGGAG